AUGCAGGAUGAAAGGUCACUCAGCCUUAUCGAACGUGCAGUCGAAAGGAUGAUCCAAGGAGUAUCUCGUUUCACACAAGCAAAGGAUAGAAUCCGAAGCUCCAAUCUGCGUCAACGAUUAAGGAUCAAAGAUGCCGUUCUGUACGCCAAACAGUCGAAGAUAAAGUGGGCCGGACGCGUAAUGCGUAUGAAUGACAACGGAUGGACAGGAGCCAUUAGUGACUGGAUUCCUCGGGAUGUCAAACGUACUGCAGGAAGACCACAGAUCCGAUGGUCAGAGUUCUUAACAAAGAGCCUUGAAGAAAGAUAUGAUGCUCGACGAGUCCCUAGAACGAGCAGAACAUACUGGGCUACUCUUGCACGCGACAGUGGAAGAUGGAAGAUUUACUGGCGCCCGCUCGAGUCACUCGAGGUUCAACGGGAAUAG